ACACACAUUCACCCGUUCACCACACACACACAUCAACACAGACACACCAGCAGGAACCAUUUCACAAUAAACAGGAUAAGAGCGACUAAACAAUCAGGAUCAACUCAGUGCAGCGACGCUUUAUUUCCCCCACAUCGCAAUGAAAUGAGGGGAGCAUGGGGGCCAAAGAGUCGAGGAUCGGAUUCCUGUCGUAUGACGAGGCCGUGAAGAGAGUCACUGAUGUGGAAUUGAAGCGGCUGAAAGAUGCCUUCAAGAGAACCAGCGGCCUCACCUAUUACAUGACCCAGCAGUGCUUCUACAGGGAAGUGCUGGGAGAUGGAGUUCCCCAUAAAGUUGCAGAGGUGAUCUACACCUCAUUCGGAGGCUCGUCUAAAGGGCUGCACUUCAACAAUCUGAUCGUGGGUCUUGUGCUUCUGACCAGAGGACGCGAUGAGGAGAAGGCUAAGUACCUCUUCAGCCUGUUUGCCAGUGAUCUGGGUGGAUAUGCUGCCAGGGACGAUAUAGAAGCAGUUCUGCAGAUCCUGGAUGGCGAAGUCCCGGCCUCUCUCAAGAGGUGCUUCAGUGAGGGUGACAAGGUGAACUAUGAGCGUUUCAGGAACUGGCUCCUGCAGAACAAAGAGGCCUUCACCUUAUCCAGAUGGCUUCUGUCUGGUGGAGUGUGCGUCACGCUCACAGAUGACAGCGACACGCCCACCUUCUACCAGACCCUGGCUGGCGUCACACACUUGGAGGAGUCAGACAUUAUAGACUUGGAGAAGCGCUAUUGGCUACUGAAAGCCCAGUCCAGAACCGGCCGCUUCGACUUGGAAACCUUUGUCCCACUGGUCUCACCUCCCAUCCAUGCCUCACUGAGUGAAGGCUUGUUUCACGCCUUCGAUGAGAAUCGGGACAAUCACAUCGACUUUAAGGAGAUUUCUUGUGGACUCUCUGCUUGCUGCAGGGGGCCUGUUGCUGAAAGGCAGAAAUUUUGCUUCAAAGUGUUUGAUGUGGACCGCGACGGGGUUCUGUCUCGAGAUGAACUCCAUGAAAUGGUGGUGGCCUUGCUGGAGGUGUGGAAGGACAAUCGCACAGACACACUCCCUGAGCUGCACAGUAGCGUGUCAGACAUUGUAGAGGGCAUCCUGAAAAUGCAUGACACAACCAAGCUGGGUCACCUGACCCUGGAAGACUACCAGAUCUGGAGCGUGAAGAGUGCUUUGGCCAAUGAGUUCUUAAACCUGCUUUUCCAGGUCUGCCACAUAGUCCUGGGGCUGCGGCCUGGUAGUCCUGAGGAGGAGGGACAAAUCAUCAGAGGUUGGUUAGAGAGGGAGAGCAGACAUGGGCUGCAGCAAGGUCAGAACUGGUUCCUCAUCUCCAUGCUGUGGUGGCAGCAGUGGAAGGACUACGUUAAAUAUGAGCAUAAGGGCAUCGUGGUGGAGCAGCCGUCCAUCCUGAGCUCAUUGAGAACUCCAAUGGUCACAGCCGCUAUAGAGCCAACCCCACCGGACAGACUGGGAGGACUGGGAACCUUCAGUGCGGUCAGCCCCACUGAGGAGAGGUCACCUGAUGCUAUCUCCAGCGCCUCGGAGGCUACAGAGACCGCCCUGAGCCCCCAGGUAGCUCCCUCCGCUACAGAGAGCUGUUUUGCUCGUCAGCACAACGUAUCGGACAACAACAAUCAGUGUUUUUCUGGAGCCAACGGCCACCUCCCCUCCCAGCUGGCAGCACAAAGACCUGGAGCCAUCGACAACCAGCCUCUGGUCAAUACCGACCCCAUGAAGGCCCCUACGUUAACCAUGGAGGGUGGCAGGCUGAAGCGCUCCUUGCAGCUGGUGCCUGGCAGAGACUUUGAGACGGUGCCAGAGCCGGUGUGGAGGGCACUCUACCAUUGGUAUGGUGCCAACCUCAGCCUACCGCGACCGGUUAUCCUGGAGAGCAAAACAGGCCAAGCAGAGCUGGAGCUCUUCCCGCGCUACCUCCUCUUCCUCCGCCAGCAGCCGGCCACGCGCUCCCCCCAGUCCAACAUCUGGGUCAAUAUGGGUAUGACCAGCCUGCGAAUGUUCCCACCGUAUUUACCCCCACCAAGAGCAGGUAACGUGCCAUCCCCCAACGCUCCUCUGAAGAGGGUGUUGGCCUACACAGGCUGCUUCAGCCGCAUGGCCACCAUCAAGGACAUCCACCUCUACCUGUCCCAGAGACUCCGCAUCAAGGAGGAGGACAUGAGACUCUGGCUCUACAACAGUGAGAACUACCUCACCCUCCUGGACGAUGAAGAUCACACACUGGAAAGCCUGAAGAUCUAUGAUGAGCAGCAGCUAGUUAUUGAAGUCAGGAACAAAGACAUGAGCUGGCCUGAGGAGAUGUCUUUCAUCGCCAACAGUAGUAAGAUGGACAGACACAAAGUUCCCACAGAGAAAGGAGCCACUGGCCUCAGUAACCUUGGCAACACCUGCUUCAUGAACUCCAGUAUCCAGUGUGUGAGCAACACCAAGCCUCUCACAGACUACUUCAUCUCAGGGGGACACCUCUAUGAGCUCAACAGAACCAACCCCAUCGGGAUGCGAGGUCACAUGGCCAAGUGUUAUGGUGACCUGGUGAUGGAGCUGUGGAACGGGACACAGAAGAACGUGGCUCCACUCAAACUCAGGUGGACAAUAGCAAAGUACGCCCCACGCUUUAAUGGCUUCCAGCAGCAGGACUCCCAGGAGCUGCUAGCCUUCCUGCUCGAUGGUCUCCAUGAAGAUCUCAACAGAGUCCACGAGAAACCCUACGUGGAGCUGAAGGACAGCGAUGGCCGGCCCGACUGGGAGGUGGCAUCUGAGGCAUGGGAGAACCACCUGCGUAGGAACCGCUCCAUCGUGGUGGAUCUGUUCCACGGUCAGCUCAAGUCCCAGGUGAAGUGUAAGACCUGCGGACACAUCAGCGCUCGCUUUGACCCCUUCAACUUCCUGUCUCUUCCCCUGCCCAUGGACAGCUCCAUGCAUCUGGAGAUCACCGUCAUUAAACUGGACGGCUCCACACCUGUGCGCUACGGUCUGCGGUUGAAUAUGGAUGAAAAGUACACAGGGCUGAAGAAACUGCUGAGUGAGCUGUGCAGUCUGAAGCCUGAGCAGAUCCUCCUGGCUGAGGUCCAUACCUCCAACAUCAAGAACUUUCCUCAGGACAACCACAAGGUCCGUCUUUCUGUUAACGGCUUCCUGUGUGCAUUUGAGAUCCCGGUGCCGGGUUCGCCAACAUCACUGAGCUCACCCACGCUGGCAGACAUCACCCUGAUAGCCAACGGCUCGGCUACUAAUGAGAUCCUGGGCAUUAAGCCCGUCCUCAUCCCCAACGGUGGGCCCAGCACCCUGGUGCCCUAUAACCCAGAGUCGCCCCUGGGCAACGGGGUCGCCAACGGACACAUCACACCGGUGCAAGAGAGCCCCUUCAUUGGAUACAUCAUCGCCAUGCACAGAAAGAUGAUGCGUACGGAGCUGUACUUCCUCUCGGCUCAGAAGAACCGGCCCAGUCUGUUCGGCAUGCCGCUCAUAGUUCCCUGCACCGUCCACACCAGUAAGAAGGAUCUGUACGACGCCGUCUGGAUCCAAGUGUCCCGACUGGCCAGCCCACUGCCCCCACAGGAAGCCAGCAACCACGCCCAGGAUUGUGAUGACAGUAUGGGCUACCAGUACCCCUUUACUUUACGGGUCGUGGCUAAGGAUGGCAACUCCUGUGCCUGGUGUCCUUGGUACAGGUUCUGUCGAGGCUGUACAAUAGAGUGUACAGAGGACAGAGCUUCUGUAGGAAAUGCUUAUAUAGCUGUGGACUGGGACCCCACCGCCCUGCACCUCCGCUACCAGACCUCGCAGGAGAGGAUUGUGGAGGAGCACUGCAGUGUGGAGCAGUCCCGCCGGGCCCAGGCUGAGCCCAUCAGCUUGGACAGCUGUCUGAAGGCCUUCACCAGUGAGGAAGAGCUGGGUGAGGAUGAGCUCUACUACUGCUCCAAGUGCAAGACACACCGGCUGGCCACUAAGAAGCUGGACCUCUGGAGGCUGCCGCCCAUGCUGAUUGUCCACCUGAAGCGCUUCCAGUUCGUAAACGGUCGUUGGAUCAAAUCCCAGAAGAUUGUUAAGUUCCCGCGGGAGAACUUUGACCCCAGCGCCUUCCUGGCUCCCAGAGACCUGGAGCAGCACUGCCUUCACUCCCGCAGUGAGAGUGAGGAUCUGCUGAGGGUCGGAGAAGACAACCUGUCCUCCAUCUCUGCCCCCGCUGGCUUCUGCACCCUCCCCAAAGCUUCCCCUGCCUCUAGCAGGAAGUCAGCGCCUUCUCUCAGCCGGACCAGCAGCCCCUCUGGCAGCCCCAAGACCGGCGGAGGCCGCAGGCCAGGCCGGCUACGCCUGCCUCAGCUGAGCAGCAGACACCGCCUCUCUAACAGCAAGGAGAACCUGGAGGGCGCCGCUAAUCCUGAGGCUGAGCCGCGGGACGGUGCACCACAGUCGGACACAGAGGGGAGCACAGCAUCGGGCCUUCCUGGAUCGGGAGAGGCGAUCGCGUCGGAGACGACGUGCGGCACCGAGGCGUCCAGCAGCCACUGCGACGUGGUUCUGGUGAACGGUGACAGCAACGGGAUGAGCUCAGACUGCAGCACAGAGAGCAGCGUGGACCCCGACAACUCGCUGCUCCAGCACAGAGACAACAUGUGCCUGGACGCCGUCUACAACCUCUAUGCAAUAUCAUGCCAUUCAGGAAUCAUGGGAGGAGGCCACUAUGUGACGUAUGCCAAAAACCCCAAUGAGAAAUGGUACUGUUACAAUGACAGCAGCUGUAAGGAAGUGCACUCUGAGGAGAUUGACACCGACUCGGCCUACAUCCUUUUCUACGAGCAGCAGGGAGUCAACUACUCCCAGUAUCUGCCAAAGAUCGACGGCAAGAAGAUGGCCGACACCAGUAGCAUGGAUGAAGACUUUGAGUCCGACUACAAGAAAUACUGUGUCCUCCAGUGAUCGCGCCUCGUCUUCCAUCAGCCAGCACUACACCUGCUGCUCUGAGCAGGAAGCACCCGGACGUUCAGAUCAUUCUGAAGAAUUCUCAUAAACUGCUAACGACCUGAAUCGGACUGUGGUCUCUGUGUCUUUUAGGGACGCGUCGCAGCACUUUCUACACUUGAUCGCAAACAUAUUUUAGUGCAAAGGUUUGCCAAAACAACAAUGAAGCCCUGGUGAAAGCACUAAACUGGUGCACUUUGCUGAGCCCAAUGAAACAACCCCCCUCCCCCCAAAACCCCUCAUGUGAACAACCCUCGCCAUAACACACAUGUAACAUAUACUUGCAUACUAACGCAUCUCAGAAUGUAUGCCGGUAUGGCCAAGUCAUGAAGUGAUGGUUACUUUGUGCAUUUCUCACUUGUGAUGUCAGAUUUACACCUGGAGUUCUCACGUGAUCUGAGCCUGAAGAUCUCACCUGGAGAAGGAAAGGUGAAGUCCAGGUGUAAAUACAAAGCCAAUGAUUGGAUACAGGUUGAGUUUUAAAAAUGCCAACAGGGGGCCCAAGAGUUAAAGAACCUGUGUAGAUGUCAUAUUUGAUGCCACAGAUGAACAUAAUGUUGACAUUCAGUUAUCUAGUAUAUCGGAUACUGUGACAAGCUUUUUAACAAGAUGGUUCUCCAAAGGUUUUAUUAGUGUUAGGGUCACUAGGGGGAAAUCAUAAGUCGCCUGCUACCUCAUCGCUUCCCGCAGUCUGUCAGCCAACUGUACCCUAAAAGUCUGUGACAGUAUUAAUAAUCAUAAAUAAAAUGCUUCCUUCCAGUGUAGGAGUCAUGGUACACACAUUUCUAACGAUUCAAUCUCUCCCCCCCUUCUAGGACACUCUCACAGGUCCUGAUGUGGACAUAAAACUAAAAGAACUGUGUUUCAUUCCACAGCUGCCAAAUAUCAGUGGUGAUUUGUGCAAUGUUGACCUGUGUGUACCCAUAACUUCUUAGAAAGCUUGAGUACCGAUCUGGGUUUGUUUAGGACAGGUGCCAUGAUUUCAAAAGAGACACGCUUAAAGAAUAAUAUACUAUAUGUGUUUAAUACUUUUUUCUUUUUUUUUCUGCAAAAUGAGUUGUUUUAUAAAAGAUUUAUUUUAUUGUUUUGAUUUUUUUUUUUUUUUCUUCAGUAGCCACUUCAGGUUAGGAAUGGAUAUUAAUCUCAAAGCUACACCAGAGGCGUCCGACUCGUCUUCACAGCGCCCGUCGCAAACAAUGAACUAUUCACCUGCUGCGAACUCAUCUGUAAUACUAAUGUUCAUAUGCUCCCCAAUAAGAAACCAAGAAAAAGUUGGGACAUUAAGGAUCACUUCAUUGUGGUUACAAAAUGAUUUUAACAUUAUAUUUAAACAUUAUAUUAUUUAAAGAGUACUAACCAACUAAUUUAGCAUUGAACUCCUAUCACAUUGUCGGACCCACGAAGGCCAGUAAAAAAAAAAAAAAAAAAAGGAUCUAAAUUGAUGUGUGAGAUAUCGUUUUUUUUAUUCCACACAUUCGUCUUUCUUGUCGAUACCUGGCACCUCCAUUACCCACGAUGCAACUCAACCGCCAACAGUUCGGUCGGUAUUUUGCUAGUAGCGGUUAAAUGGCUACAGAGGUCUGGUAAACUCCAAACGCUUCAGUAACACUGGAGGUCUCAAAGCUGGAUUACCAACCAGGCAAAGUGGCCCCCAAAAGCUAAUUUAAUCAAAUGUUUUGGUUAUUUGCACCUUUAAAGCCUUCAUUUAUAUCAAAAUGUUAUUAGUGGGCCAUGUGUCAAAAUCUAGUUUUAGUGCAUUUAGUAUUUUACUUGAUAUUAUACAUAUAUGGUGCGUAUUCCCAAGUGAAUGUGUUAAAGUCGUUCACCAUAACCCAACAUAGAACCAAUAAUUUCCUAAAAGGAAUUACACAAAUUUAGUACCAAUUAGUGGUGUUCAAUUGGUACACUUCCUGUCAAUUAAUUCCAGGUAAUUGCCAGCAUAAUUUGGCAACGUUUCAAAAUGUAUGAGGAAUAAAGUUUAGAUUGACAAUGCGUAAACAAUGUAUUUAAUAUUUAAUUUAAAUGUGCGUUGUUUUAAGGAUAUUCCUCUGGAACUUUAGUGCCCCUAAACCCACUGAUAUCAGAUGGUUUCAGUUUACUCUUCAUUUAUUCUUCCAAAGGAACCACGGCCUGUCGAAUCCGCUGAGAGCUACAGUGUCUGGACUGUAGUCAGAUCUAAAAAAAAACGUCACACAUCACACUGGACCUGACACUUACACUGUCGUUUGUUUUCUGUGUGCUGAGUUCUUUAGUCUGAAGGUUGGGCUACUUGAUGUUUUGCUGUGUGGAGUCCAGUGGCAGAGCUUUGUGUCUGGAGCGUAGCAGCAUGCGUGGAGCUCGUCGUGCGCGGGGCUCGGUCUAAUCACUGUGAGCGGACAGCAGACGGUCAGCAGGUUCCCUACUUUGUCUUCUAGAUCACAGGAGAUGAAUCUCUGUGUUCACCCCUUUUUUAGCUGCUGUAUUUAUGAGUAGAAGGCGUCUCUAUGGAUGUAUUUGGAGAUCUGUCACUGAAUGAAACUAUUUUCCUUUUCAGAGUACGUUUGUUGAACAAAUGGAAAUGUACAGAUGAGUGCUAUUUAUGUUUGCUUGCUCAGCUCUUCGUGUCCUCCACCCUCCUGCCUUUGCACCAAGCCGUAGACGAUGUCCAGUUUGUGUCGGUGUUUGAAACGUCAUCACGUGGCUCAAAGGGGAACAUUUCCCCUAAGGUUUAGUCUCUUGAGAACCCAGUUUGUAAUGUUUGCUUCAUUUAAAGGUGCAAUAGCUGUCAACAUUUUUUCUUUUUGUUUUGGCUGUGAAUGUUCCCUCAAACCACUACUUGUGUGAUGCUAAGCUUACCACACCUGUAGCUUAAACUGUGUUAGCAAAAACCACAAUUUGAAGUUGGAGUUAAUUUCAGCACAAUUUUUGUAAUCCAGGAACCUUUCUGCCCGAAAAGAACUGAACUUUGACGCUGAAAUUGGGCAAAAACACCAAUCUUGUGAACCACAUAAAAUAACAUCUUAAGCCCCUCCCCAUCUCCAAAAGCCCCGCCCACCUGGCCCAACUUCCCCCCCCCCCGACCCCCUCACCCAGAGGAGUAGUUGGAAGUGUCGGCAGGCAGUGCAAUCUACUACUGAGCUGUCUGUCAGUGUCUGUAGCCUCUUUAUUUAAGUUCAUUUCUGUUGGAUCUGAACCAGACGUGUUAAUUUAAAGAACUUUUUUUGUAAAGUGUUUGUUGAAAGAAAGUGACGUUGCACUGACAUGAAAACAUGUACAUAAAAAAAAUGUGUUUUGUAAAUAAGCCAAUGAAAACUAUGUAUUUGAAUAUGAACUGUACAAAAUACUGUACUUGUAGUUGUAUAUGGAGUGAUACCGUUGAUCUGUAACAAAAUACCCGAGCAACAAAUUAAAUUCUGCAGAGGAAAUGACAA